CUCGCUCCCCCCCUCAUUCCAGAUGCAUGAUGACACCACGUCCCACCAUCUCGCUGGCUUCUCCUUUUUCUUCUCUUUUUUUUUUUUUUUUUUUUUCCCCCAAAAAUCGUAUUUUGAAGACAACCAAAAGUAGAACGUGUUCUGGGUGUGGCUGCAUGUGAUUUACCCAAUAGCCAAAGUGGGGGGGACCGCUGAAGGGGAAAGACAGAGCGGCUGCUGCUGAAGGGAGCGGAGACCGAGGGCUGCAGGAUGAAGAGCUCUGGAGCCUGUAUACUCGUGUGUCUCUUAGCAGUCUCCUUGUCCCCAGCUGACUGGUUUCCAUGGGUGGUCAAUGGGCAAGAACUGGAAAGUGCAACUGGUGAAGUUAGCACCGACUCUCUUAUCAGCACCUCCGCUGCAGCUGUCACACCACCUGUGCUUCUUAGUCCUGUUCAGUCUGACAGCGAAACUACGACAGCUUCAUCAGAUUGUCGUGAAGAAAAGUUCCCUUGCACACGCCUGUACUCUGUUCACAAACCAGUAAAGCAGUGUAUCAGCUACCUCUGUGUUACAAGUGUGCGUCGCAUGUACAUAAUAAACAAGGAGGUGUGCUCCCGCAUUGUCUGCAAGGAGAACGAGGUCAUGCAAGAUGAGAUCUGUCGCCAGCUGGCUGGCCUUCCUUCUCGACGUCUCCGCCGAUCUGGGCAACCCCUGCAUCUCCCUUGCAGACAGCUCCUGGAGCAGCAGCGCAGGAGGCCUGAUUCUCUGUGAGCUACCAAUAGUAGGAGAGAAAAAGGAAGGGAGAGAAGAGAAAUCAUCAUCCACUACCUACAACCCAAGACAAGUCCUUCUCGUUUGUGAUUUCCCCACCAUUUCCUUGCUUCUCUGCCUUCCCCCACAUCCCCUUCUUCAGGUGCUGCAGUACACAGAGUCCCCUCUCUGAUGGUCUGUCAUGGUGGCUGUUGUCAUCUUCUAAAUCUGUUGCUGAGGAUGUGGGAUGCUCCCCUCUUCUGUCAAACUCUGUUUGGCAGGCCAUGAACUGCUCAUUUCCCAGAGGUCCUUAUAAAUGUGCUGUAUCUUCUCAUGCUUUGCCCCUGCAGAGGGACAUACAUGGAGACAGGACGUAGUCCUCUCCAACGGUACAGGCGCCCUAAGCUGCGUCUCAUCUGGAGGAGAGCAAACCUUUAUGCCCUAGGACUCCUGGCCUAGGUUUCUUGCAUGGCAUCAGUGUGAGUUCGGGUAUGGUUAGUCAGCCUGAGCCUCUCCGGUCCUCCUGAGCCGCUGAGUUUGCUGUGUGAUAGCACAGCCUCCUCCUGUGUCUGCUGGCCUCAGAGAAGCAACAGAACUGGGAGAUGAGCUGUCCUCAACCCAAGGCAAAGCUCAUUGUCCCUGUGUAGCAGCAGAUCAUUUAUAACUACCUCUGGGAAGUUCUUUGUCUCAAGCCCAUUGCCUCCCUCACACACAACUGCUAGCAAAAGGAAGAAUUCUGGAUUUAGUAUGGCAUUAUAUUUUUCUCAAGAAGAUUAUGUUGGAACAGAGUGCUGCCUCUCCCUCUUCUCCUCUCCCCUGUUCUAUCCCUCCCUUCCCAUUGAAGAAAUCUCUUGAUGCCCAUUCCAGGCAAGUUCCAGGGAGCAGUAAGUAUGGCUGCCUCCGCUCCUAAGCCCAAGAGAGCCCACGAAGAACCUGUGUGUCCUCGCAGUACUGGGAACUUGCAAUGAAUUAGCUUGUCCCGGUGACUUGUCUUGGUCUGGCUACCUCCACACUCUCCAGCUGCUGAGCCUACUUUCAAUAUCUCCACUUGAGUUCCUACCUCCCAACCUGGGAGCUCCUGCAUAAAGCAGAAAGGAGUCACAAAUUGGAAUGGGAUGUGGGAGAAGAAUCGUUAUCUGGGAUCCCUGCGUUUUCCUGCAGGUUCUCUGGCUGUGCUGACCUGCACAGGGCUGGGUGCUGGUGGGGAGGUAAACACAUCUGCGGGUAUAAGCGCUUAUAGAGGCAGGCCAACCUGGGGAAAAGAACUCACUCUGGUAGCGUUGGAUGUCUGUGGUCUGCUCGAGAACUUUGUUUUCCAGAUAUGUGGAGAACAUUUCCAGGUAUAUGGGCAGCUUUCACUAUGAGACUGGGUAGGGUAAGUGGGGAAGAUCUGUCUGAAGUGUGUUAAUCACUCUAUGUGACUCUUAGUGGCAUGAUUCUGUGGGGCACUGGAGCUGAGCAGCUUAGCUCACUGCAGCAGAAGAUCAGCAAGGCCCUGUCUCUGGGAUCUCUAAGCGUUGUUGCCAACCAGCAGAAAGCCAGUUUGCUAGAGUAGGCAUUCACCCCUGUCACAUAACACACUCUGCUGCUGAACUGAGUACCGUUCAGCCUUGCAGGAGCACCAGUCUGCUGCGCAGAGCCGGGGUCACACAAUAUAGGGGACAGUUAGCUGCACAGAGGCAGAUGUCUCCGAAAAAAAGAGCGAAACAAUUAAGGUAAGAGCCUCUCCCUGGGACUCGGAUUUCUACUGUAUGCAGCAAGAAGCUGGUGACAUCCUCUGAGUAGGGGAAGACACCCUGUGUAGGCAGAGUUUGUUCCAUAUAUAAGGUCAAAAUUGACCAUAGAUGGGCUAAAUCUCUCUAUAUUAAUCCAGUCUACAGGAGAGAGAAGUCCAAGUUAUGCAAUGACUGGAAUUUCAUCCUAUACACAGGGGCAUCGCACCCGUACACAGACGAUGAUGCUCCUCUUGAGUACUCGAGGCUCAUGAGACUAGGGAUGGAGGAGGAAUUUCUCUGUACUGAGAGUGCAUGCGUUUCUGUGGAGAGGAGGGCACUGAGAACUUGAUCUCAAAGACAUCCAAGGCACCGGCAGCCACUGACUUCUAUGCUGGGACGCCUGUGGAAUUUGCCUGUGUGGAGGAAGGUAGGAUGGAGAUGAGAUGUUAGAGGGAGCUCUUGGAAGUUGGCCUAGGCCAAGACUCCACUCUGUAUUUAGAGUUGAAUGUAAGCUGAUAUAGAUAUAGAUAUCUAACUGUAUAACAUAGCUACUGUACAGUAUAUAGAAAUUUAACAUUCGUACAGGUUGGGGAAUGGUUAGAAGCCUUUCUGCUGCUUGCUUUCAGCAGGGACAGGAAGAGGUGCUCCUCUCCCAGAGAACACUGUUUUAAUGCUAGAGUCCAUAUAAUGCACACAAAAAUAUUAAAAGAAAAUUUAUUUCCUGUUAUUCUUGGCAACUCUCAUGUGUUUGGGUUUAUUUGUCUCUAGGUGUAUUUCUUCUAGAUUUGUGGGCAGACUUGACUCCAGCCCAAAUCUGGCAUUUGGACCUCUUUGCUCCCUGCUAGCCCAGUCCUCCGCUGCCACCCUUCCUUAACUCGUGAAUCGCAGCUCUUCCAGGGAGGUCAUUCUUUUUUCUAGAGAUACAGAAAAUUAAUCUUCAGCGUGUUUUUUUCCAUGGAUAGCUGGGCUAGAUUUUCCUGACAGUUGGUGGCUGCUGAGCACAGGGAUAACUCCUCGCAGCCCAUGAGACCUGUGCUGAGAAGACACCUUUUCACUGUGCAUGUGCCAUAACUUGCUGGUGGAGAAUUGCCAUCUCCAAGUAAAAGGGUAAGAUGGCUGAAAUAAGAGAAGAGCUGUGAUAAAUCAUCUCAUAAGCAAAGAAGAAUUUGUCCGCUAGAGCCAUUUAACUCAGUAAUGGGAAUAACUGA